AUGGAUACUUGCAAACUCUGCUCGGAAAGUUUGACCGUCCAACUCGACCCAGAGGAGUUGGAGCAAUUUGAAGGUGGAAGCUCUUCUAUGGGAAGCGUUCCAGAUGACCUUCAGUUGAUUUGCGGAUGCCAUAUGCAUUGGCAAUGUCUUUUGGAUGAAUCUCCUCAAAUUUUGAAUAAGCUCCAUUGUCCUUCAUGUGAUAGUUCGAUUGCAACUUCAGUGGCUUCAGCUUCAAGAUCAGUCUCUGGAAUCCGAGUUCCUACGAGAUAUCACAAUGAGGGAGGCGUUCAAGAAGAUCUUGACAUCUUGCCUCUUAUCACUGAAGAAGCCUAUCUCGAUGAACACCCAGAAGCACGCCCCGCUCGAGCGUUCAUGACGAUGUGUGCCGAGGGUGAUGUUUUUGGAAUUAAUGAUCUACUCAGUGCAGUAGAUGAUGACGAGGAUGGAGAAGGACUAUCGGCAAAGCCCAUUCUGCGUUAUCAAGAUCCUUUGGAUGAGAUGAAAAGUGGUUUGCAUGUGGCAGUUGAAAAAGGACAGGAAGAAAUCAUCUGGCUGCUGUUAUGGCUCGCUUCAACUCUUCCAACCAAUAUCUUUCCGGAACAAAUCACUCAAAUGGCAGAGACGAUGGGUAUAGGACGUGAUACUGCUGAUGGAGAAGAUAUCCGGAAUCUUCGGGAUGCUCAAGGACAAUUGGCAAGCGAUGUGGCAAGAAAUACUGGCAAUGUUCUUCUCACUGAUUUGUUGUCUGCAAACUUGCCGUGA